UAAACCGAUUAAAUGCAUGCGGAUUAAGACUCUUAUCUGGGCAUGGUUUUUAACUUUGCCAAGCAAAGGGAAACAUCUCGAAGAGCAUUUUUCUUGAACUGUACAGUAUUGUUAGCGAAUGUAAAACAUCUCUCGUACUGAACACGAGUGGGGGGUUAAUAGAUUCUGCAUUGCUGCGGGAUCAUUACUGAAUGUUUACCAAGAAUAUAGACGCGUCGAGCAGAGCGAGUGGAGGGACUGCGGCUAAAGUUGUGUCUGUAUGUUAAGUUUCUCCCACAUACACAAAGAAGGCUGUUGGUUACCAGGCUGAUCCUUGUAUCCAAGGAAGUGCAAUCACAGACCAGCACCCGUGUGCGUUGCAGCUGCGAGAUUAAAAAAAAAAGAAAAAACAACAGUCACAACAGCCUGUUCUCGAAUACAAUCGGAUACAAAGUAAGAUAUACUGUACACUAAUGAAAUAAAAACGAUCAUGUUUUUGUCCCCAUUGGAUGCCGAUUGCCAAGAACCGUAACUUUGUUAUCAGUCUCGUACUGAAGAACAAGGCCGAGUUCCAACAGCUACAGAAGAUCGGGUCGAAAGAUAAAAAAUAAUCUGCGUCUGCUCUACACAGCAGACCACAGCAGACUCUGAUGGCAUCGAGCAGAGCGGAAAAGAACUGGUCUGAACUCCAGGAAAGUUUAAACCGUGUUCGUCGGCAGAGGGGGGUUGUGCCCAGGACAGGAUGGGACAGUCUGCUCUCCAGCGGCACCAACCUCCAGCCCCCUGUCUCUGCCAGUCAGCACAGACAACGGCAGGUGCGCUCCACUCCCUACCUGCCCAGUCUGACUGCUGGAGACGGGUGGGAUCAGACUCCGACAGACUUCCGCAGAAGCAAGAGAACGCCGGAGCAAACGCUGUCAGCAGGGACCGCAUCGGAGAGAGGGGGGAGAGUCAUGGAAGACCUCACUGCCAGACCCAGUGUAUUUCCAGUGCAAAGAGGAGUCAUGAAGGGGCUGGAAACCCUGGAACCCAGGCAGCCUCUGUUGCAGAUAGUGAACACAAGGGAGUUAGAGACAGAAGCAAAGGCACCAGCAACACUUUCAAACAGACACAGGGACUGUGCUGCUGCCCUCUACUUCACGGAAAACAAGCGGUUUGCCUGGGACUGUGUGAAUUCCUUUAUAGCGGACGUCCUGUCUGACGAGCUCAUCCCAGACCUGCUCAUUGAGGUGUUCUCCAGGGACUCUGUGCAGCAGAGCUCUCCGGUGAAGUUACCGAGCACAGACUCUGUCAAGAAGCAAAGACAGUCAAAUGCGGGGCGUGUGCAGGAACACACUUCACGCCUUCCCAGCAUGCUGUUCGGGGAGCUCCUGCAGGAAGUGAUGCUGGACGUGUCUGCCGAGGUCCUCAGGAGUGCCGUCAAGGGUUUUGUUGACAGUCACCUGACCAAGGCAGCCAUCUACGACAGCAUGUCUGAGAUUGUGACUGAGACAGCGCAGGAGCUGAUCCCAGGACUGGUGCGGGAGGUGCAGGCGGGGCUGGCAGUCGACAGCGUGCUGGAGGAGGAGCUGCUGCCGGAGGUGGUCAGUGAGGAGGCCAGGACCGUCGUUCUCUCUGUGCUGGGGGAGCACGACUCGGAGAUCUCCAGACUGCAGCUCGCUCAGGUCAGCCACUACGCUGCCCGGAGGCUGAUGGACUCGUUCCUGAUGGAUCAUCUGGUGGCGCUGGUGGAGAACCACGGCCAGAGCUUCGUGCAAAAGGAACAAUCACGGAAGCUUUUAGACAGCUGGAUUGUGAACACCCUCUUUCACCAGUACCACAGUGUCCGGAGGCAGAGAGACGCCACUCUUGAGAACGUGCUUCUCAGGCACCACCAUCAGAAAGUUUUCACUGACGUGGCCCUGGAUGUGAUCCUGGGGGAGCUGGCUGCGUCGGUGGAUGAGGACGUGGAAGAUCUGCUGGAGCACGAGAGGCAGAUGGAAGGAGAGGGAUUCACAGGCUGAUGGGUGUUGUUUGAGACUGGGAUGGCUGGCUGGCUGGGAUUGUGUUGGUUAUGAGCAAGCAAGCUCUUGCGCUCGGACCUGGCAUUCUGCACAGCAGCGUUUUUGAGCUGCUUUCCGGACAUAUUUCAUAACUCGACAGCUUUGCAGUGAUGGCUUGAAUUGUACAUGCAAAAAACCUUGUUACAAUAUUUCUGUACACCUGUGUGCUUUGUAUAAACUGUACUGUGAAAUCACACACAGCCACAGCCUAGCAUUGUGGGGCCUGGGACCAUUACAAUCAAUAUGCACAAAGGUCCCAAGGAUUAGUGCCAGCAGGCUACUACACUCAGAUACUAGGAGACAAGUGAACAUUUAAAAGCAUCUAAAGGAGCUAUACUUACAAAAGUGAAAUGGAUUUUUAUUCAAGAUCAUUGAAACAGUAGGCAACCAAAACCACGACAUCCAACCUGCAAAGUCAAAUGCAUUUUUAUAAGACUUAAAACAUAUGAAUUGCCAACCAAAAAUAUCAGCACCUGUCCAUAGAUCCAGUCACGUGGGGUUACUGCCUGCAAGACACAGGAACAUACUUUAGCUAAAACACGGGCUAGAGGUGCGUGACACUACAAGUGCAAGGAUGACAACAGGACUGCCAUUGCAAAGCUGUUUCAUCCAUUUCUGGUUUCACUAAGGGUUUAAUAAACGUGAGCUUGUUACCUAUACACUGUGGCUAAUCAAGCUAGUAACCUGAAAUGCUGUGUAAUAGGAGUCUUUACUACCAUCCCUGAAGCGGAUGGGAGGAGUCUCGGCUAGAGAGAGACAGGGAAUGAAUACAGCUGAAGUUACAGUUCAUAACAAACAUGAAUACAGAAGACAGUGCGACACGCAGGUAACAAUUAGAGAACAAUGUACCUUAGCAAGACAAACAAAUGAAGUCUGUUGGAGAGAGAAACACACACAUAAGAAUCGAACUAUUAACACAGUAAGACUCUUCAGCUGUGGAAAUAAUAAAUACAAAUAAACAUUUAACACAAGACAUAGGAUAGAGGACAGCUGCUCUAAAUAGCAAAACAAAGCACUAUAGUAUUGCUCCAAAACAAGGAUUACAAAGACACACACUAUGUCCUAUAAGCUGUUGUUAAUAAUGCCAGACACUGUGUCUCAACAGCUGUAGUCAAUAAUACCAGACACUAUGUUCUUGUUGCUUCUACCAACUGCUAAAUACACUUGUUUAUAUUAAAAAUCAAAUAAUACUCAGCUUAAUACUUAAGUGAAGCAUUUGUUAUAACUAGGAACCUGUGAAAUACAAAUAAAAACAUAUUAACCAGUCCAAACUUCCUCUGAAUGCACUGCUGUUUUUUAAUCUACCCAUUCAUUUAGAAUACAAGUCAUGAACAAAAAAAAAAAACACUAAUAAUAACAAUUGAUUGUUCCAUUUAGAUGGAUAAUACAUAGAUAUCUUAUUUGGAAUGAUGAAAAUGGAUAGCCUUUUUUUUUUAAUAAACAAAAGCACCUGCCUGGUUUAACAAGC